AUGCAUUAUUUAUUAUUUUCUAUAAAUAAAACAGAAAACUUGUGGAAACAAUUAUGUAAUAUCAUUAAAGAAGAAUUUGAUGAGCAGCUACAAGAAGUUGAAGAUGAUUUAAUUGAAAUAGUACCAGAAUCGUAUACAAAAAUUAAAAAUAAAUUAGCAUUUGAAAAUUUUAUAAAAACAAUUCCUAAGGAUCAAAAUGGUUUGAAAUAUAUCGAAUUUAAAGUGGAAUAUUGCGAUUCAACAAGACUUUUCUAUAUACAAGGGUUAAUUCAACUUGAACCAAUAUUUGGAAUAACUAUACCUUCGGAGGCAAAUAUAUCACCGUAUGAUGAUGCUAUCACUCUUGCUAUAAAGAACGUAAAGUUAUUUUUAAAAGUAACUGGAACAAUUGAUGGACGUAAUGAAAUAGAACGUUCAAGAUUUAUUGAUACCAUCUUUCCCUAUGGUAAAGGACGUACAGAUUUAUUUAUUAAUUGUGAUGAUACAAUAGUCUGUAUAACGGAAGUCAAACGUACAGAUCUAGAAUAUGGGAAACGAGAUCAAGAUGAUAUUGAAUAUGUAUAUGGCAUUGUAUCUACUGGUGAAAAAUGGUAUUUUACAUUAGUUUCUUCUGAUAAUAGAGUAGCAAAAAGUGAAAAACCAAUAACCUUAAGCCUUGAUAAUGAUGAUAUUGACGAUGAUACCCUUAGGAAUCAAGCAGGAAAAUUAUUUGCUGUGAUUCUUUCAAUGCUUAUAGAAAAAAUAACAAGUAUUUCAGAAAAUUCUGCUAAUAAGAAGCAACGAUUAAAUGAACUUUUGCAUUAG